CACAAUGCUCUCCGCCGGCAUCCUCGAAAGUCGUCUCGACGCCCUCUACAACCAACUCGAAACCCUACGCCCCGACUCUUCCAACGACGAACUUGAAAGCUUUGCUGCCUUCUUCUCCGAAGACUGCGUCGUAAAUUUCGAAAGCAUGCGAGAGGCGAACGACCCUUCGCUCGGCAGAGAAGGCGUCGUCGCAAAACUGCGUGACGUUAUGAAGCACCUGUACCUCGAGCGGCGGACUGUUGUCAGCCAGACGAUUAGUGAAUCUGAAUCGCUUGUCUUCAGCGAAAUGAGGAACAGAUAUAAUGUGCACUCAGAGGUGUUGGACGAUUUCCCGGAGACGCUCGUUGCGACAUUUGACGACGAGGGCUUGAUUACAAACUUCCGGUUGUAUGGCUGCAGAAGUCAUAUCCUGAUUAUGAUCCAAAAGGCGACUGGAGAGGGACCCUUUUCAGCGGAAGAAAUGACAAAGCCGAACCUAGAAGCCAAUUUCCAGAAAAAGGCCAAUUACAUUGCAUUGCACGCGCAGAAGUGUGCACAUUUCUGUAUUUGGAAGCGAUGA